AUGUACCAGGGCUUUAAAGCCAUGGCCGAGGACCCGAACGCCGCGAUUUUCGAAGCAAUCAGGAAGAACCUUUUCCGGGGAUUCGAGCUAGAGGCCGGAUACCACCAGGAGCUAGAGUCCACAUACAAGACGACAACUUCAAAGGCGUGGAUAGAGUGGUUCAAGUUGGAGCAGAAAUAUGUUCCAUCAGGCUACUCCCACGAGACCAAGGUCAUCCAGGCCGAGUGCGAUGCCCCGGAUCCCCAGCAUGCCUUGAUUUGGAAGAAGCAGCAGCGCACGUUCGCCUCACAUGUCCCCUCCGCAUAUCUCAUGUGGACCCGCGGCAUGACCGCGCAGUCAGCUAUAGCCUCCCUGGUUCACCAGAUACUCUUCCAGAAAACGGAGGUGAUGGCCCAGGCGGGCCUGGACCUGGACCAGUUUAAAGAAGCCAACAACUCUCCACGUGCCCUCUGGAAGUUCUUCACAUACUUAGUGUCAACCCUCGGUGGGUGCAUGGUGUACAUCACCAUUGGAUCGGUCGGCAAACACGAAGCUGCCAUCGUGAAGAAGUUUGUUGCGAUGGCCAAGACUUGGAACGGGCCGGCCAUCAACGUCACGCUGAUCCAUCCUUUCAGCGACGAAUUUGCAAAGACAGAGGAUGUCAUCAAUCUGGACGACAAGUACGAUGUACAUCCGUCUCUUACGACGACUGAUGCCAUGCAUCACGUCCUAGUCCUAGAGCUCAACGAAGGCAAAAAGGUGUCUGAAACCAUCCAAAGUCUGCUUUGGGAGACUGUCUGGAGAGAAGUCCGCUAUGCCGUGAUUGGUAUUGCCUUUAAUCAGGUGGUGGAGCACAUCCAAAUUGCGGUCAAGAAAGUUGCCGACACGGCGAGAGCAAAGGACGUCAUGAGCAACGAGCAAGAUGACUCUCAAGAACGGCAGGAGAGGAGGGCGAAGAAACUGUUUACUAACACUGACGCAAAGCACUGGAAUGCUGCUGUAUCAGUGUGGACGGGGAACAAGUGGUCUAUGGACGCUCUGCGGGAGCAAAUCCAAAGACAUAUCGACAUUGUCGACAUUCAUCUGCCGGCAGACAUCAAGGCGGGCUUGAAGGAGAAGCUGAAUUUGCUCCUGUUCGAUGAUGACACGGAGCUUGAGCCGCGGCCGCUUACAGAAAGUCAAAGGAUGUCGAUAUGGGAUGAACUGCAAAAUGCUAUUAGGCCUGGUACCCAGGUCAUGUUUUGCAGCCAGAUCGAGGAAUUACUGUCCGCAGUCCUGGAGGAUUAUCGGAUGGAGGGUCCCGAGAGAGAGGGUGAGGCCAAGACUCUGUUUGUGUAUCUCGCCAAGACGUAUUUUGCGAAGAGCGGUCGGUGGAAGGACACCUUCUCAGAGGAUAAGGAUCUAGUAGCGGACGGGAUCACGAAGGCGAUCGAAAUUGGGUUUCAGCAUCUAGUCGAGGCUUUUGCUUCAGGAGGAUUCUGA